AAGGAGAAGACAGCUCGACAACAUCGGGCUCGGCAGCAGGACAACGGCAGCUCGAACCAUUAAUGCUGGGCGCCCCUCUGUGGACAAUCGCCCAGAUAGAGGGGGCCGCGGUCUUAGACAGUCUCUAUCGCUCCACGAGCUUUCAUAGCGAGGAAUGUCUACUGGACAUGGAGACCGGGGAGGAGUUGGAUAUAGAAACGCACCGGCAGCAGCAGGAGGAGGAGCCGCAGAGGGCAAGGGAACUGGGCCAGGAGCACAGGUCCAUAGCCAGGGACGAGUUCGGAACGCAGCGCGUCUACAAGAAGACCUCGCCGAAUUGCGUGCUGACUUUGUAUCUGCCGACGCGCGAGAUGACGCUCACCGGGGACAAGGCGGCGGUGCUACGCGGGAUUCUCUUCGUGGACCCGAAGGCCAUCCAGGGAUAUCGUGUGUAUGCCCAGCUAACGCUGACCUUUCGCUAUGGCCGCGAGGAUGAGGAGGUUAUGGGCCUGCGUUUCUGCAACGAGGCCAUCAUGUCGCUGCAUCAGAUUUGGCCACGCCUCCAGGAGCCAGCCCCGGACUCGCUAAGCCCCUUGCAGGAGGCCCUUAUGAAGCGUCUCGGAGGUGGCGCCCACGCCUUCACUUUAGUGCUUAACGCUCACUCACCACCAAGCGUUCAGUUGGUUCCGGCCAAGCGCUAUUAUGGGGCUCCAAUCGGCACCAGCUACGAUGUGCGUUGCUUCAUUGCUGACAAGACCGACGAGAAGUUCCAUCGGCGGGCCUCGGUCAAGAUGGGGGUGCGGGUCAUCUACCGCACGGACGUCUUUCAGCACUCGACCACCGAGCACUUUGCCACCUGCUCCGGCUGCCACCAUCAGGCCGGGCGCAAGUCGUCGCCGCCGGCCGCACCAUCCAGCGCCACUCUCCCGGUCAACAGGGAGACCGCCGAGCAGCAAACCCAGACGCCAACCCAUUCGCUGGGCUCCGGAACCGGAUCCGGAUCCGGAUCGAAGUCAAAGGGCAAGUCCGAAAGGGGCGACUCUUUUCCAAAGUUGCGCCUGUCGCCGAAGGCGUUCCGGUUCAGCGGCCGCUUUGGUCGCAGCAAGAGCGAGAUCGAGAAAUGCCCACCGGACUCGUUCCACAACUACAGCAAGUCCUUCCAGGAGCAUCACUGCGACUGCAUGUUGGCGCCUUUCAGCGGAGCCGGGGUAUCCGGGGGCAUUGGCAGCAUCACUCUGGGACCCGACGGCGGGCCGCAGGGCUCCGUGGACAAGCCGUUCCUGCUGCACGACGGCCGGGUCGGACUAAAGGCCAGCCUGGACAAGGGCUGGUACACGCACGGCGAGGACGUCAAUGUGACCAUUGAGAUACGCAACGACAGCCGCAAGACGGUGCGCAAAGUGAGGGUCUGCGCCAUUCAGCAUGUGGACGUCUGUAUGUUCAACAAUGGGAAGUUUAAGAAUGUUGUGGCUGACUCGGAGCAAAUCUCGCCGCCGGUGGACCGUACCGUAAGCCCGGGUGCCACGGUCAAUUCGGUGGUGGUGUUGCGGCCCCAGCGCGGCCAGACCAAGAACUGGAUCGCGCUGGAGGACUCUCUGCAGCGAAGCACCGAGCCCGACGAGAUCACUGGGGAGAUAGCCGCCUCGGCCAUACGUCCACCCCACUAUGUGGUGCCGAACGUGCAGCAGGCCGGGCAAUCCCUGCCCAGUCCGGCCAUGGCCAUGCCCAGCGCCGACAUGCCGCCACAGCAGGGAAACGCCACCACCACGUCGACGGAGGAUCGGAACAUCUUCGCCAUCUAUGUGUCUUACUACGUUAAGGUGAAGCUCACUCUGAGCAGCAUGGGUGGCGAACUGUCGUUAAAGCUCCCCUUCGUACUGGUGCACGUGGAUGAGACCAGGCGCCCGGGCUUCGCAUCGGCCACCCUCGGCGAGCUACGCAUCGAGAUGGAGAAGCUGGCGCUCCACGACGCACCCGCCGGGCGGCGUGCCGGCCGCCGUGAUCCCCCAUUGGGGGCCGAGAGCGCGGACGGGCCGUCCACCAGUGCCGCUGCCACGGCCGCCAGCUCGUCUGGAGGUCACCUCGACCGCAUCGAGUCAGCGGACGACGAGUUCCACAUACACAUUCCGGUAUCUUCCGCCUCGCACAAGCGGCGACUGCAGCGCAGCGAGACCCUGGCCAGGGAUCUCGAGGAGAGCGAUGAGCACUUGGCCGAGCCGCACGAGGACCAGGAGGAGCACAUUGUCCAGAUCCAUCCGUCGCAGGAGCCCAUCCGGGUGGAGAGAUCACAGCAGACGGAUGACGAGCAGGAGCGGGCUCAGGCUCAGGCUCAGGCUCAGGCCCCUGGCGCCGAGACUGGGGCCGUGCCCAAGUCCACAGAUGUCUGA